GCGUGUGGAUGGCGUUUCGUCUGCGUGGCUUGACUCGUGAAACAAACAUUUCCGCCUUAAAAGUGGGGGACGAGUGAUCGGGAGUAGAUCCACUUCUCUACCUUACUUGAAGUAGGCCGUUUAUUUCGGGUGAUGUGUCACAUGACGAGCGUCAACACGCAAGCCGAAGCGAAAGUGUCUUUUCUAUCUCAAUUUCCGUCGUCUGACCCUUCAUAAAUUCUCAGCGUUUUCAGCAAUAUCAGUGCCAGUCAGGUUCCUCAGAUGCGCAUGCUCCGUUUGUGACUGACACUGUUUAGAAUGAGGCUGGUGAUUCUGGAUGAGUAUGACCAGGUCAGUGAGUGGGCCGCCAAAUAUAUCCGGAACAAGAUCAUCCAGUUCAAACCAUCAGCUGACAGAUACUUCACCCUUGGCCUUCCUACAGGGAGCACUCCAUUCGGCUGCUACCAGAAGUUAAUAGAGUACCACAAAGCUGGAGAUCUUUCAUUCAAGUACGUUAAGACCUUCAACAUGGACGAGUAUGUUGGCCUGCCCCGAGACCACCCAGAGAGCUAUCACUCCUACAUGUGGAACAACUUCUUCAAGCACAUCGACAUUCACCCAGCCAACGCUCAUAUUCUUGACGGAAAUGCAGAAAACCUGACAGCAGAGUGUGAGGCCUUCGAGCAGAAGAUUACGGACGCUGGAGGGAUUGAACUGUUUGUUGGAGGCAUAGGCCCUGAUGGCCACAUAGCCUUCAAUGAACCAGGCUCCAGUCUGGUGUCCAGGACCAGAGUUAAGACCCUGGCCAAGGACACAAUUGAGGCGAACGCUCGCUAUUUUGAUAAUGACCUGUCAAAGGUUCCCUCCAUGGCCCUCACCGUCGGAGUAGGAACUGUGAUGGAUGCCAAAGAGGUCAUGAUUUUGAUUUCCGGUGCACACAAAGCCUUCGCCCUGUAUAAGGCGAUUGAGGAAGGAGUUAACCACAUUUGGACCGUGUCGGCCUUCCAGCAGCACCCGCGCACUAUCUUUGUAUGUGACGAAGAUGCAACGCUGGAGCUGCGGGUGAAAACAGUGAAGUACUUUAAAGGUCUCAUGCAUGUUCACAACAAACUGGUGGAGCCUGUACUCAGCAUGAAGGAUGAGCAGCAGUGAAAAACUUCCGUGACUUGCUUUGUCUUUUGCUUGUAAAGGUACAGACGUACACAGCAAUGUAUGUGAAAUGCAUUUGGGAUUGGCAGUUUUUGACCGUGGCGGAACCAACCGAUCCGAUGGCCUGCUUUGGUUCCCCUCCAAUAGACUUUUUCCCCAAGUGAAUUAAGAGUCUAUAUCGACUCCUCCUCAAAGUGUUGUUGUUUUUAGUUUGUUCUCAGAGGUUUCUCCUGGUAAAAGUGACUUUAAAGGGAUCAUUUAGAAAACAAACAUCUCUGUAGACUGGAGUGAGAUCAUACCGAAGCGAAAUCUUGCAAGUGGAGAAUGCAGAGCCUUUUCUGUUUUUCUGUUUUUUCUGUCAUUUAGACUCAUACUCAACCAGUGAGAUAAAACGUGGUUGAUGAGAAUUCUCCAAUCUAACUUGGGUCUCUUUGUUACAAAACAUUUUGUGGGGAUCACAAUCAACUGUCCUGUGGUUUCCUUACUUUACUACUGUGAAAUAAUGCUACAUUAUAUUUCAUUUGAUGACAUUCCUAAACCUCAUUUAGAUAAUGGUUGUUGCCAUGAGAUGUCAGAUAUUUAUAAAAUAAAUCUUUUGUCAAAUUCUUUGCCUCUGUGUUUUUAAACAAUCAUGAGCAAAUACCGAAAGAAAUGUCCAGAAUGUCUGGAGUUUCUAAAAUCACAGCCAAUGAGUAGACCAGUGGAUAAUAUACAUCCAGUCUCACCACAACACACACGAUCAUCUGCAACAUAAACAAAAUCCCAAUUGUCGUGUCCUGGACUCUGUUCUUUGUGAACAUGGUCCACUCUGAGAAAACCUGAACAUACACGUUCAUAAGAUCUUUUUUUUUUACCAUUUCAAAGGCAAUUGAAGAGGUACACACUUAAAUAUUAAGGUAUUUAUUGGAAGUACAAUGACACCCA